AUGGAAACUGACCCUUGGGAAACCACCCUCACAGAAACUGACCCUUGGGAAACUAACCUCACAGAAACUGACCCUUGGGAAACCACCCUCACAGAAACUGACCCAUGGGAAACUAACCUCACAGAAACUGACUCUUGGGAAACCACCCUCACGGAAACUGACCCUUGGGAAACUAAUCUCACACAAACUGACCCUUGGGAAACAACCCUCACAGAAACUGACCCUUGGGAAACCACCCUCACAGAAACUGACCCUUGGGAAACAACCCUCACAGAAACUGACCCUUGGGAAACUAACCUCACAGAGACUGACCCUUGGGAAACUAACCUCACAGAGACUGACCCUUGGGAAACAACCCUCACAGAGACUGACCCUUGGGAAACCACCCUCACAGAAACUGACCCUUGGGAAACAACCCUCACAGAAACUGACCCUUGGGAAACUAACCUCACAGAAACUGACCCUUGGGAAACUAACCUCACAGAGACUGACCCUUGGGAAACCACCCUCACAGAAACUGACCCUUGGGAAACCACCAUCACAGAGACUAACCCUUGGGAAACCACCCUCACAGAAACUGACCCUUGGGAAACCACCCUCACAGAAACUGACCCUUGGGAAACUAACCUCACAGAAACUGACCCUUGGGAAACCACCCUCACAGAAACUGACCCUUGA